AUGGCUGAAUCACAGCAAGGGCUUACCAACCUUGGAAGUGUCGGCUUGCCUCUGAUCCCUGGUCCGGACGGAUCCACUGGCGCAUGGCUGACAGCCAAAUUAUGCAUGAUGUCGGUGACAACUCAUAAAUUUGUGCUGAAGGCAGAUUCAUUCCUCAAAAUCCUGGAAAAUAUCUUCAAAUUCCAGCAUGCCCCAGAUGCCACUGGAUUCGAAUUAAGUCGUGGUUUUGUGGAGGGCGGCGGAUGGCAAAAGGCGUUAAGGCUGUCAGGCAAACGGGCGGCGACUGUUAUUAGAAAGAAUACAGCCUGUAACUAA